AGCGAAGAAAAAUAAAAUUUUUGACAAAACGCGUCUCUUCCUCAUAUCGGAAAAAGUGUCAGCAGCAGGAAAGAAGAGUGUAAGAAAAAGUGGAUUUAAUCAGUUUUUCGCCGAUAAAAGUCGCAGUAAUUAUUCGCAAAUUGGUUGAAAAAUAAAACGCGUUGCUUUUCGAUUCACAUUUAGAAGGAAUAAACGGCGUGCCUAACCGUUAAAUGAUGAUGUUUUGUCUACUUGCGGUGCGAUGUGAAAAUUUUGAAAAUUUAAGCAACUAUUGAAUUCGGAACAAACUCCGUGCAAGUAGGCGACGAGGACGCAGAGGAAGCAAACGGUGAAAAGUGGCGAUAAAUCGAUUCCCGCUUGCAGACAAGUUGAGAAAGGAAUAAUAUUGGUUGGAAUUUGCUGGAAGAAUAUUAGUGCCGUGUUUUGAUCUACGUGUUUGUUUUUUUAUGUUAGGAAGAACGGUGUCCUGGUUAAAUUUGGCGCAGCAAUAACAGGACGGUGCUAUCGAUUGCGAAAUCGGUGAACUGAGUGAAUCAGAGGAUACUUUGUAAUGUCCACAUCUGGAAGCUCAUCACCAGGCAGCAAUAGCAACAACAUUACAAGUAGUAGCGGUAUCAACAGUUUAGAAACAAAUACCGAGCGACGGUCCAGUAAUAGCACUUCCGGUUCGGGAAGGACUCCCCGCAAAUUUGCUGCCGGUGGUGUAGCGGGGAGUAACGGAACAACUUCCAGCAGCAGCAGUUCUUGUGUCUGGUGCGGGGAAAAUAAAACCCCGCUCAAAUACGUUCUUCCGACUCAAAACGGAAAGAAGGAAUUCUGCUCAGAAACCUGCAUCCUUGAGUUUCGCAAAGCAUAUAGUAAAGGUGCCUGCAUUCAGUGCGAUAAUGUGAUACGUGCCAACGCACCAAAGCCCAACUAUUGUUCCACGUUCUGUAUGAAGAAGCAUCAGAAAAAAUCGCUCUCGGGCGGAACGUCCGCAGCACAGUCUCUGGAUGGGACGCUUCCGUCGACUACCUCCGGAGCAGCACCCGGCGGGCCGAAAAUCAAUGGAAAUAAUAAUAACAACAAUAACAACAGUAAUAGCAACAACAACAGCGCUAACGGACGCAGAAAUAAUGGAAGCAAUUCUCCCGGUCGGGAUCAAGCUGCUAGCAGGAUAAGUCCGGUUACUACAACAACGUCAACCGGCCCCUUCCAAUAUGAAAGUUUUCACGUAUUCGAUUGGACCGAGUAUCUGAAGGAGUCUGGAAGCGUUCCUGCGCCGGCCGAGUGUUUUAAGCAGGCCGUUGGACCGCCAAAGAACGAGUUCAAAAUUGGCAUGAAACUUGAAGCACUGGACCCCCGGAACGUUACCUCGACCUGCAUAGCGAGUGUGGUAGGCGUGCUUGGUUCACGACUUCGUCUUCGCCUCGAUGGCAGUGACAAUAAAAAUGAUUUUUGGCGGCUAGUAGAUUCCACCGAAAUUCAUCCCAUUGGACACUGCGAGAAGACUGGAGAAAUGCUACAGCCACCGCUUGGAUUUCGAAUGAAUGCAAGCAGCUGGCCGACGUUUCUACUAAAAACUCUGAACGGGGCGCAGAUGGCACCGGAGCACAUCUUUAUGCCGGAACCACCAACGCCUAAGUGCAAUUUAUUUCAGGUUGGUCAAAAGCUGGAAGCAGUGGACAAGAAAAAUCCACAAUUAAUUUGCUGUGCAACGGUUGAUGCUGUGAAAGAGGAUCAAAUCCACGUUACAUUUGAUGGUUGGCGAGGGGCAUUCGACUAUUGGUGUCGCUACGAUUCCCGGGACAUAUUUCCUGUCGGAUGGUGCGCAAAAAGUUGUCAUCCAAUGCAACCACCUGGUCAGAAAAACAAAAUGGAUGGAAGCAAUGCCCGCUCGAAAGGUGCGCGGUCAUCAUUUGCCAUGCUCUCGGAACCGGAUUCGAUGACUCCGACGACUCCGGUUACAGCCCAUUUCCACAGUCGAUGCAAGGGAGGGCCGUUUAUCAACAGCUCCAAGCUACCUUCAAUGGUGACUGCGCCAAACCAUCAAACUUUGGCGAAACUCUGUCUCCAGGAAGUGCUGGCUGCUUCCAAGGAUCAUUCACAGUUGUCACCGCUAUUAUUUGGUCUGGACGGUGACGUUCAUAUUGUUACAGCAGCAGGAAAAAAUUUCACCGUUAAAAUUCCUCCGUACAUCAGACAAAAGGGAAACAGUGGUCUGUCUGAAUUUCUGGAAGUUUUGUGCACCGCAUGCAGAGCAUGUAGCCAUUUGAUUACACUGGAGCCAGGACCGGAACAGUGCGAUGCCUGUAUGGUGCAAUCUCCACCACUGAAGCGACCGCUCCGAGCUGAAUCGACGGUGGUACGAUCCGCCACUCCUCCACCGAUAGCUGCUGCCUCGCCGAAGGCAGCGUCUAUCACACGAGAAACGACCCAACAUGAAAAUCCGCGAAGUCCCUCGCCGAAGCGCAAAGCGGUGGAACGAGAGACUGCAACAUCAACGACAAACAACGAGCCAAGCUCGUCUUCUCCAGCUCCGUCCACAGUGACGACCAGUUUGGCUGCAGUGCACCCAACACCGACAUCAACUGUAGCCGUUCCACCUCCUGCACCAAGUAUGCCUAAUGCUUCCAGCACGAUCAUCAAGACGGAAUCGCAAAGUCCAGUAGCUGCAGCUGUCAGUGCUGCUGCGGCAGCUAUUGCGUCUUCUUCCUCUUCGUCAUCAUCCUCUUCAUCUAGUAUGUCCGCUUCGGCAGCAUCCCCUGCGCAAGCACCAGCUGCCAUUAUACACGCAACACCAACAGCAAAUGUGGCACCCGCACCUAUACCUAAUACUAUAAUUCCGGCCAUCCCAGUGCAACAAAUCGCACCGCCGACCGUACCGGUUCAACCGUGUCCUGCCUCGUCAAUGCUCGUAACGGGUGCCCAUCAAACAGUCACGGAGGCUUCUGUAAACUCACCGCGUAAUGUUGCGAUGGUUCCAUCUGUAUCGCCACCGGCCGUUACUCGUCCUCAAAUGCCCCGUGGUCAACCAAGCGAUUGGACCAUUGAAGAUGUGAUACAGUUUAUUGCCGUGCAGGACCCGGCUUUAGCAGUUCACGCGGAGCUCUUUCGAGAUCAUGAAAUCGAUGGUAAAGCGCUUCUUUUACUCAACAGCGAUAUGCUGAUGAAGUACAUGGGUCUCAAGCUAGGGCCUACGGUAAAGAUUUGUAACCUGGUCAAACGGGUGCAAGGCCGUCGGCACAAUCUAUAGUCAUUGUAAGAUCCUGUUGUUUUUGUUUGUAUCCCUAGGCUAGGAUCGUUUUUCUUUUUUUUCUCCCUCUUUCCUAUCCUUGAAAAUUGUUUUACCUUCAUGACUAACUGAAUGAUCCUUGAAAAUUCCCAAAUUGUGGGUUGAACUACCGCGAAAUGAGAGAAACAAUGAUAUCUAUUUAUGUUCCGCGUAACGUAAUGACGAAGGGGUACAGCUGUAGACGUUUCAGAGUUGAAAAGUUGAACUAGUGAUAGGAAUGCGAUAGAGUUUAGGGAUGUUUGUCUCACGGAGGCAAAUCAAUAUGAAAACAUGAUACAUGCGCUUUUUCGUGAGAGUAUCGAGUAAAAUAAGUAAAUAUGCAAAACUUUGUUGCCUAAGUUAUCUUUACAAAGAAUUAUUUACACUCAAAAGUGUAGUGCUUUUGUAGUAGCAAGCGUUCUUUUGCUAGUAAUUUCAGGUGUGAUAAGUUUUACAUAACAUAAUAUUACUUUCAUGCAAAUUAAAUAGCAGCAAAUAAAGAAGCUAUCAGUUGGACCCAGCAUAUUGCAAACAGCCAUUUUAACAUUGACAGAACAAACAGAAAGAUCUAACUUAGAGGUUAAAAACACAACGACGCACUCUCAUAAUAGCAAAAUAUUCUACUACAGUACUAAUCAAACAACAGAAAGUAGCAUAUAUGCAUAUCUACAACAUAACAUUUUCGUAUAUUAUAACAAGGCGGUGUCAUUAUUAGUCUGGUAAAAGGUUCAGAGAUUAAUAUUAACACCGAAUUGAGCAAUAACAACAGUUGUUGAAAUAGAUGUUUAUAAAAAAAUAGUUUCUGUUACAAUUUCUGUGACCAACUUCAAUUUCUUCGUUUAACACAAAGUUACAACAAAUUUUCUCUCUUCGCAAUACAAGAGUUUUCUUAAAUCAUAUGUUUGCGCACCACAACGUUAGUAAAUACGCUAACUUGCAAACUUUACACGUUUCACAAAGCACACUCAGUCCACCAACGUUUUUCGUGCUGAGCUCAAUAUUCACUUCCGAAAAAGAAAACUGGCUCAAACUGUACGGAAAUUUCAAAACGCUGGGCACAAAAAAAAACUUCGCUUGUUUCACCAAUAUCUAAAUUUAGUCAUUUAAUUUGAAUAUAUUCUGCGUCUGCGUCACGUUUGAUAAGAAAGAAAAUGAAUCACGACUAAUUGGAAUCACUAGAUGUACAGUCACUGUAUCAAAGUAUAAGUAUAAGCAGGAAUAAUGAUAAAUAUUAUUAUAUUCUUAGGAAAAAAUACAAAUCAAAACAGAUUACACAAUAAAUCGAGUCAUGAAAAUGUA